CAGGGUAGAGUGAAGAUAUUUGCAAGAUAUUCUGGAAUGCAGCUCGGCUUAUCUUACCAAUCCCGCGUUUCUGAUUUAAGUUUAUGCCAAAUAACGUGCUUAGCUCGUUGAAAACAAGUGAAAAAGAAGGGGAGAAGUAAAAAGAAGAACCAUUACUUUGGUGGAAAGAUUACUUAGUGGUAGUUCAGACUAGGGCAGUCACGUUCCUACUAACAUUCUUCUGCAUUUCACAGCACAGUGUCGUUCACCCACGAACAACUUGAAUGAUUUUAUGCCAGGAUAGACGAUGGCAUCAACUAGAAAGAGAUCGAGACAUGUUUCAAUAGCUGAGCCUUUAGCUGAGCCGUCAAAGCGAAGACGGACAGCAGAUGAUAGCAGCUACACAGAUCAAGAAAAAGUGACCCGUACUCUUGGGUACCAGGCCUUGUUGAAGAUUUGUGAAUCAAACUCUCCUGAAGAUGGGAUUUUGAAACUUUCGUUCAAGUCAAAACAAUUCGAGGUCCUUCUUAACUCCAAAGAAAUCCGUCCGGAUCUAAUGAAGCUUAUUAUUCGGGCUGUCCACCUGUGCACUUUGUCACAUCAGGUAACCCAACAUGCGGAAAAGAUGCUGCGGAUUGUGAUUAAGACAAAUUUUCUGGCUUUGCAUCUCUCUAGUUUUGUGAGGCAAAUUCCAUUUCAUUCAAGAACAAACGACGGGUUUCAACCCGAUCUUGUGAUCAUGCACUUGGCGGAAUCUUUCCUCGUGCUGUUACAAAGAUUUGGAAAUCAAGUAGUGGACGUCACUCCUGUUGCCGACCUCAGUGAUGCACUGGAAAAGUUGAAGAGUGAUCGUGAUAUUCCGUUUCAGGUAGACACGGGAAUGUUGGAGCAGAAAGUUAAUCGAGUGAAAGAGUUACGAGACGAAAUCAAUCGACGAAAAAUUGAAUCUUUGCGAAAGAAAGAAAAUGAAAGUGAACUUGAGCCACCUCAGAAUUUUAGAGAAGUCAGUGUUAUUCCUCAGGCGGCGGACCUAAACUUACACUACAAACCGUUCCUUCGAGCUAAUGUCGUCGGUGGAAGUUACAAAGACCUGGAGCACUAUUUAGAUGUACAAUUUCGGCUCUUGAGAGAGGACUUCAUCCUGCCUCUCCGCCGAGGGAUAGAGCAGCUUCGAAAGGACAAUAGUAGCCUAGGAACAAGCUCUGUUAGUGACAGCAAACACGCUAAUAACAUGAGCAUCUACCGUCACGUGACAGUUCUUUAUCCUGUUUGCAAUGGCAAAGGAAUGGUUUACAAAAUCCGUUUUGACAACUCUUAUCGAAGUCUCAGACGCGUGAAAUGGGAGAAGAGUAAGAGGCUCAAGUUCGGCUCCCUUCUUUGUCUUUCAGCAGAUGAUUUUUACAAUCUCCUGUUUGCCACGGUCGAAAAUCGUGAUACAAAUGACCUUUACUGCGGUGAACUUGAAGUACGCUUUGAGGGCGUCGAGUUAGAGAGGCUAAGUCAGAGUAUCGAACAAAAGGAAGAGUUUGACAUGGUGGAGUCUCCAGCUUUCUUUGAAGCUUACAGGCACGUCUUAGAAGGCUUGCAAAAAAUACAACCUGAUGAACUUCCAUUCCAAGAACACAUUAUCAAAUGCAAUCAAAAUGUGGGACCACCUGAGUAUGAGACGAAGACGAAGGGCUUCUUUGACAUGAGCGACGUAAUGAACAAGGCCACGGAAAUUGGUGUGAACGAUAUCGUGCUUGACAAAACAAUGGAAGAAGAGAUCCCUGACAGCAUGUCGACCUUUACGGACGACAUAUCAUCAGAUGAUAACAGUGAGGAGUCUUCAGACAGCGAUAGCGACCACAGACGAUUAAGAUCACGGGCGAUUACUAGCAAGUACGGACCCAAAGAUGUGAAUAUUUACGACCUUCAACUUGAUCAAGUGAGUUCCAGCUUUAAUGAGUCACAGACGCGUGCAUUUAAAAUGGCGUUGACCAAAAAGAUUGCUGUCAUUCAAGGGCCACCUGGAACUGGAAAGACGUACGUUGGUCAGAAGAUUGCGCGCGUGCUUUUACGGAGUGCCUCUCUUUGGCAAGAAGAUGGAAAUCUUUCGCCGAUUUUGAUGGUUUCGUAUACCAACCAUGCUUUGGAUGAGUUUCUGGGAGGUCUGCCAAAGGAAGGUAAGCUACAUUAAAAUCGUCUCUGGUUUGCUUUACUGGUGGGACAAGAGUCUCAGAAAGGAGGCCAGGCCACUAACUACAAUUCGUGACAUUAGAACUUGGGUCAGUUUUACUACUUACAGACAUUUUGCGUUCAACUCCUUUUCCCUCUGCCGGCCCUUUGAAUGUUAGCCUCAAGAUUGGACAAAUCCAUCGGAAAACCUUUAUUAAACAACACUGGAGGGGAGAAAGGGCGGUACCAGAUCUUUGUUACCCAAGUAAAAUGUCAUGAUUAAUUGUAGGCUCUUAAAAGCUUUAAAUUUAGUUCAGCUUUACUAUCUAGGAAGUGACAUUAAGCUGUUUCAAUAAGUUGAAGGGGGACAAACGUAGGCGGGAUACCAUACCAUAUUAAGUAAUAUGUUUUGAUGCUUUACAGUGUCUGGUGAAGUUAAGUAAGUGAAUAUCUAAAUGGUCUGUGAAUGAUAGUAAGUUUUUGUUUAAUAGAGUUAGUUCCAGUAGUCGUUGGUUUGUAAGAUUCCGCGGUCUCCCAAACUGACGAAGUUUUUGUUGUUCCGUUAUGAGAUCUUGACCACUGAUAAAGCGUUUUCAUAUUGCCCGCGAGGAAGGAAGCCUUUCCAGAUCUUCCCAGCAUGUAAAAAAAGAAAAAGACAAAGAGGUUUUUCGGAGAAGGGAAGCUAUAGCUUUUUGUUGUACAGAGAUUGAUGACAAAACGUUUAGUUUUUUCGAGUAAAAAUAGUAUUUUCGUCAGUUGUUCUAAGCAGCUUCACUUUCUUUUCACUUUUUUUUAAUAGGGAUUGUUCGUGUUGGUGGACGUUGUAGUGAAGAGAUGAAGCGCUACUCCCUAAAAUGUAAGAGAGAUGAAGCUAGAAUGAGGAGAAUAGUCCCCAAACAAAUAAUGUUGGCAAGAAUACGCGUUCGAGAUGACCUCAGGCAGCUACAAGAAGGAGAGGCCUGUCAACGAUCAUCAGCAGUGCUAGAAUGUUCCCGAAGGGGGAUACUCUCCUUCCAGGUGCUAAAUCAUUUUAUGGAAGGUUUUCAUGUUACAUGGUUUAAAGACAAAGCGACCGAGGGCACCAAGGCUCUGUUUCUAGAUUGGCUGGCCAUCGAACUUGUUGCUGGGAAAGAAUCAGAACAGAAAGUUGAUUAUGAUGUGGCAAGUAGCGAAGACUUUCAAAUGCAAGUAUCAUUGCGUGAAUUUGCGAGCGACGAAGAUUUUGAAGAUAAAAAUGGGCUAAAAGUAUUACAACCUUCCGAAGUAGUAAUAUGUAGAGCUGAAGAAACCGUUUGGCCAGAUAAACUCUGCAAGUAUCUUGAGAGUAAUGAAAUCAUGACUGAAAACGAAGAAAAACAUACUCGCGACCUUUGGAAGAUGUCGCCUAACAGACGAUGGAAACUUUAUAGGUUGUGGCUUCAAAGAGCAGAGAAACACUACUUGAAAACACUUCAGAACAUACAGUUAGAUUACGAAAGGAUAUUGGCUCGUCAGCGUGACGUGAUGCAAGAAGAAGACCUUCACGUUCUUCAAGACGCUCGUGUAAUUGGCAUGACAACUACCUGCGCCGCCAGAUACCGUCAAAUACUGCAGCGGAUUUCUCCCAAAAUCGUUCUCGUGGAAGAAGCUGCAGAAGUACUGGAGGCUCACAUAAUUACGUCGUUAACAAAAGGUUGCCAGCAUUUGAUUUUGAUCGGAGAUCACCAGCAGUUAAGGCCUUCAAACGCAGUCUUCGAAUUGGCCAAGAAGUAUAAACUGGAUGUAUCGCUAUUCGAGAGAAUGAUCACUGUUGGAAUUCCUUGUGAGAGGUUGUCUGUUCAGCAUCGUAUGAGGCCUGAAAUUGCUUCCCUUAUGAAGCACAUCUACACAGAUCUUGAGAAUCAUGAAUCUGUAGAAAAAUAUGAAGACAUCAAAGGAAUAAAGAAGAACAUGUUUUUCGUUAACCACAGUCAUCUGGAGAAUCAUAAUGAUGAAUCGCACAGUCACACCAACGAACACGAAGCUACAUUUGUAGUUGCCCUGUGUCGCUACUUACUUCAGCAAGGCUACAUUGCUGGACAAAUAACACUAUUAACUACCUACACUGGACAGAUGUUUGCAAUCAGAGACUGCCUCAAACAGCAAAACGACGAAGAACUCAAAGGUGUUCGCCUAACGACCGUUGACAACUUUCAAGGGGAAGAAAAUGACAUCAUCCUUCUCUCCCUUGUGCGCAGUAACAAAGACGAAAAAAUUGGUUUCAUCAAGAUGGUGAACCGCGCAUGCGUGGCGUUAUCUCGUGCCAAAAAAGGAUUCUAUUGCAUUGGAAACUUUGAUCUUCUUUCUAAGCACAGUGAGAUCUGGAGCAAGAUUGUGAAUGAUUUAAAAGCGAGUGAGAGUAUCGGGGAUGCCUUGCCUCUUGUUUGUCAAAACCAUCAUACAGAAGAAAAAGUUGAAACAGCAGACGACUUCCGUGAAAAAGUUCCUUCUGGGGGAUGCUCACGGCCCUGCCAGGUUCGUCUUUCGUGCGGUCAUGCAUGCAGACUUACUUGUCAUCCUAACGACCCAGAGCAUAAGGACUAUUUGUGUACCGCGGAGUGUCCCAAAACCAUUGACGGUUGCUCCCAUCCGUGCCGUAGACUUUGCUGGCAGGAGUGUGAAACAGUUUGUCGUAUGACUGUGGAUAAGACGCUUCCUUCUUGUGGCCACAGGAAAAGAGUUCCGUGUGUCCUGGACGUGUCCAGGGUCAAGUGCGAAUUGGAUUGUGAGAAAUUCCUCCCAAAAUGCGGACAUCGUUGCCAAGCAAGUUGCGGCGAACCUUGCACAACUAAAUGCAAAGAACGCGUCAAAAAAAGUGAUUGGCCAUGUGGACAUGACGUCACCACUACUUGCUCGGCCAUACCAGGAGAUUGCCCAUUCCCUUGUGAAGUCAAAUUGGAGUGUGGUCACAAGUGCAAAGGUACGUGUGGGAGUUGCCGAAUGGGUCGAGUACACAAAAGAUGCAGCUUAAGAUGCGGCCGUAUUUUGGUUUGUUCUCAUGUCUGUAAAGCGCCCUGCACCAAUUCCUGUCCACCAUGUUCCGUCAAUUGUGAAAACCGUUGCGUACACAGCCAUUGUACUAAAAAAUGUGGAGAGCUAUGUAUUCCUUGCGCUGAGAAAUGUCCGUGGGAGUGUCCCCAUUACAAAUGCACCAAGCUGUGUGGUGAGCCAUGUGACCGGCCAAGAUGUAAUGAACCCUGCAGGAAAAUUCCGGAAUGCGGAAUUAGGAAUGAGGCUCAUCGUUGUCGUGGUUUGUGUGGAGAGCCUUGUAUUUGUGCUUUAUGCGACAAAAAUGACGUAACCCAUCCCAUCUCCGAAAUUUUCUUCGGUGGCGAAGACAAAGAAGAUGCGAUGUUCAUUCAGCUUCCAGACUGUAAACACAUUUUUGCGAUGUCAGAUCUUGACAGGUAAUUGAGUGUUACUUGUUUAACUAUUUUUAACAAUAAAACCUUCUUAAUACAGACAUCAAAGGAACAGACCCAACUCAGGCCUGCAUUACAGUGGUUUUCGUUCCAUAGCGUAAGAGGGUAAGAAAUAUAAGCCCUUUGGCUUGGGAUGUACCGAACUGUCCGUAAUAGAGAGAUUUUCCUUAUCAUAGAGAUGUCUGUAUGACGUGGUUGGCCUGUACUUUGUUUUUCAGUGGCUUUUAAGGACACCUGUUGAGCACUUUGUCAAGCACCGAUACUUGAACCGGGGUGGGGGGGGCAUGUGCUUUCAGAGGACAAACCACAUGGUUUUUUUUUAGAAAAGGGAAUUAAAUAUUCUUGUAGUUAAGCCGUCCCCUUCUCGACAACAAAAAUAGCGUGGGGCGAGAAACAAAACUGUAGGAUUAGAGAAAAUGACCUUUGGAGGUCAAAUCUUUGCCGUUUUGGUUUGAGUCACUCGUCCAAGUUAUUUAAAACUGUCAGAUGAAAGUUUCAAUUAAUUCAAUUUUAAUCGUUUCUCAGCCACAUGGAUACAGUACCUCUUGACAAUUCCAUCAAACUAAAAUCUUGCCCGCGAUGUUUGACUGCAAUCCGCCGAAGCCUGCGAUACGGUAAUGUGAUUAAACAGCAGCUUCAAAAUAUAGAGGAAGUCAAAAAGAAGGUGAUUGGUCACUCGUCCGAAUUAGAGGAAGCGAAAGAAAGAUUGAGGAGGCGUUUGAUUGACCUGACAAAACAAUUUGACCAAGAAAGAAAGAUGGAGGAGUGGAAGAGGUUGGAACGAAGGGUGGACCGAAUGUCAAGGGGAAUCAUGGCAGCUGUUACUGAAAACCAGGUGACUUUGAUGGAGCGUUAUUGCCGUAUGAGCGACAAACUUAAACAGAGUCUUCUUAAUGAUGUUGCUCGCCGUGAAGCCAGCUCAGAGAGUCGUUUGGAAGGUAAAACAUUUUUUACGGUUUUUAUAAAUGCGUAUGAUAGUGAGAAAUAUAAGCUGGCUGGAUUGUGAACUGUACAUAAGGUGGAAUUAUUGGUUGUCUGAGUUUUUCUUGCAUGUCUCACUUGGAUUGUGUUGCAUCACUAUGAUGAUAAUGAAAUUCUUUAACAGGCCAUUUUGCUAUUUUUGGUAUUACUUACCCUUAAAAUGAUUCUCAGGGUAAUCUCUUUACUUGUUGGUCGCUUGAACUUUCGUUGGGCGAGAAAAUAUUAAUAGUAUGCUGACCUUCGUCCGUUCAUUGGAUCUGCAGGGGGUGUAGUGCGUUGGACAUGCUAAGUGGUUGUUACAUCAGACUGAAAAUAUGUUUCGCGUACGAGAGUUCCUCACCUUUACUUUGAUCAAUCGAAGAGUGUUAUGCAUACUGAGAUAUACUCCCUCUGAAAAACUAUGUCGUAAACUUUCAUACGCAAGUGAGCUCACGUGACUACAAGUUCUUCAAAGGGCCUAUACCAUAUGGAAAUUCCUUAGAAUGCUAUUUACGCACACAUUGUAUUUGUAUCAGAAAUCUCACUUGUUCGCUGCCCGCAUUCGUUUGGUUUCUGAUACAUCAACAACUUGUGCGUAGAUCCCGUAACCCACUUUUCAUGACUUACUUUCUAUAUCUUAUUGUUUUUGCUUCUAUUUUUUCCUGCAGGUUACUUACUUCAGGAAGAAUUCGAUCACUUUAAAAAGCGUUUCAUGUCUGAAUUAGCCUCAGAAAAGGAACUACGAGACAUAAAUCUGGAGUUCACCCGACUUAAUCUGCGACUGGAAUUGUGUUUGUUGAAACACGAUGUGAUGAGGUUAAUGCUUACAUUAGAUGAGACGUCCAGUCACGUGAUGCAAGAAAUCCGCGAUGAUCUGUCCAGCGGUAAGCUGAUAGAAGCCGAGAAGCUUGAUAAACUUUUGGAGAAGCUGGUGGAGAUCAGGUAAAUAGCUUACAUGAAAUACCUGCUCCCUUGCAGACUUGUAAAUUGCGGUAACUGAACUGUAGUUAUGUUAUCCCAAUUCUCAUAUCAUAAAACGGUAAAUUAAAGGGUGGUCGGAAGUGGAUCUUGUUAUUUUAAAUCUCGAGUUGAAUGAGCUUGUUAUGCAAUUUUCUUGACACACUUCUACUUCUUUUACUGUCAUGACCAAAAACGAAGACAGUAUAAUUUAUCUUGCUGUUAUCCUUUUGCCUGUUAUGAAUAACUGUUUUAUGAUUUGAAGAAAUGUGGUGAUUUUCCAAGAUUACCUUAAUAAAUUCGAUGAUAUCGGCCUUGAAGUCUAUAGUAGUCACUUUGAUCAGUAUGACCAGAGUGUGACGCGUAGAAUUUAAAAAACAUCUCUGUUGCGGUCUAGUUAGAUAGUUUGUUUUGGUUUCAGGAAUGCUUAUCCCGCCCUUGGUCCACUGACUCCAGAGGAAAGGAAACAGAUCGUUUCGGCAGUUGGUUUAAAACAAGGUCACUGGUUUAAAUGUCCCAAGGGACACGUUUAUGUCAUUGGUGAAUGCGGUGGUGCUAUGGAAAGAGGCACGUGUCCUGAUUGCGGGGCUGUGAUUGGUGGAGCGAAUCAUGCACUUGAAGAGGGAAAUGAAUUAGCACCUGAAAUGGACGGUGCAAGACACGCAGCCUGGUCUGAACAGGCAAACUUGGAAAAUUAGGUCAUUGUUGAUGAAGCAUAAAAAUGGUUUUGAGAAGAUUCUCCUUUUACUUUGAUUCAAAAGUUGCUAUGAUGCCAAUUAAUUUUUUUUAAAUAAAGAUGUGUUCGUCAUAGUGGUAAUUGCAAUUUAAGCAAUUGUACAUGAAUCCAACUUAAAAAAAUUCGGGACUUCAACAGGGCUCUUACCC